AUGGAAAAUUCAUGGAUCCAAUUGAAUGAUUUACCUGAUGAAAUUCUUUUAAUUAUUUUUAAAAAAUUGCCUGCUACGGAAGUACUUUAUUCUUUAGCAUCUGUCAGUAUACGAUUCAACAGAAUCGCAUAUGAUUCUGUUUUUACAAAUCAUCUAACUUUCCUGAUGGCUGCAUCAGAUGGAUUUGUUUAUCCAUUACCUAAUCCUGUACUCGAUCGAUUUUAUCUACACAUUUUACCUGAAAUUCAUCACAGCGUUCAAUGGCUUGAACUUGAAUCACAAUCAAUGCAACGGAUUCUGCUUGCUACAUCUUAUCCUAAUUUAUAUGGAAUUAGUUUGUAUAAUAUUGAAGCAAAAACAUUUAUAAGUCUUUUUACUGGGGAAACUUCAGUAAUGCGUACCUUGAGAAACCAAAUUUCAGCACUUGUUAUUGAUAUUAGUACAAAUGAAACACAAAGAUUCACAAGAGAUGAUAAUGAAAUUCUAUUUACACAUAUCUUUACUAUGUUCACUAAUUUACAAUAUUUGAAUUUUUCUCCAUCUUCAUUUGGUCAUCAACGAUUAUCAUUUCGUACUCAACCUCCAACUAUUAUCUCUACAAAUUUGUUAAAAUUGCAUGUCUCUUUGAAUGACUUUAAUGAUUGUCUUUAUUUACUUGAUGGUUCUUUUAAUCAACUUCAUACACUUUAUGUUAAUAUUUCUUUCAUUGUCUCUACGAAUGUUUCAGUCAAUAAUAAGAAAAAACUACCUACUCUGAAAUGUUUUUCACUACAAUGCGAUAUGUCAGGAAAUGUUUACGACGAAUUGAUUUUACCGCUUUUACGUCGAAUGAUGAAUUUAGAAAAGCUUGAUUUGUGUCUUAGUGUAAGUGGAAGAAAAUCAUUUGUUGAUGGUAAUGAUUUGAAAAUAAAUAUUAUUAAUCAUAUGCCACGAUUAUACAAAUUCAUAUUUAAUAUCCGUUCAUCAAGUUGUUUUUAUAAUGAAGUUAAUUUACCAUCAAAUAAAUUUAUUCAAGAGACAUUCAGAGAUUUUAAAGAUAAAGAAAUUAUUUAUUAUGUUGAUUAUUUUCCAAAAAGAAGAGAAAGUCGUUGCCAUAUUUAUUCGUAUCCAUAUAGACUGAAAGAUUACUAUGAUAUAACAAAUAAUUUUUCAGGUGGAAUAUUUAAAUGUGUUCGAAAAGUGUCAUUAUUCGAUGAACGUCCGUUUGAACACCAAUUUUUUCUUCGAAUUUCUCAAUCAUUUCCAUUGGUGGAAUAUUUAACUGUAGUCAAUGAAAAACGACAAAUUGAUAAACGAUUUAGAAAAACAAAGAAUGAAGUUCAAAAUUUAUUAAUAAUUCAAUAUCCUUAUCUUAAAUAUCUUAAUCUCUUGGAUACUUGCAUAGAUUAUCAUGAACAAUUCUUAUGCGAUACCAAGAUGUGUUUACCAUUUGACGUUAAUGUUUAUAUGAAUUAUAAAAUAGUUAGAAAAAUGACACGCAAUUUUAGAAGAAAUUCAACACGAAGCAAUUGUGCAAAAAUGGGUUACGUAUAUUUAUCCAGAGAAGCAAAAUGUUGUGGAUCUUUGAACGAAUUUUUUUGUCCAAAACUACAAUUUCCUGAACAUAUACAAGACUAUUUUCCUCAUGCGCAAAUAAAGUGA